UCUCUUUUGUUUUCUGCAUGGUUUUGAUGUAUGCUUAAGAUAAGGAAAGUUAAAAAAAAAAUCUUCGGACUUAAUUCCAAGACAUUGAUAUCAGAUAGAAACAAAUUAAAUGGCAACAGGAAACUGGGACUUGGCUUUACAGAAGGUAAGCUUACCCCCUGCUCCAUUUUUUCACCCCCCCCUCGAACUUUCUCUCCUUCCCCUUCCUCCCUUGUGCAUAUGAUACGCUCAAAUAGUACUAUGAACUUAGCUCUUUGAUAGCUCAUACGAAGGCUUUUGACUAGACAAACUUCCAUUAAAUCUAACUGAUUAAAAACUGUUUUCACACCAAAAUAUUCACGAUAGCGGAAUUUUCCUCACUUCAAAUGGCAGGAAGAGUUUUCAGGAAGAAUUAAAGCAGGUCACUUCAGUGUUUGAUUCAAUCUGUUAGUAAAGUAUAGAGUAUUUAUAACAUAUAUUAAGGAGCUUAUGAAUUGAUGGGCAGACAGUUUAGCCUCCAGCAUCCCUUAGAAUGCUGUACAUCUAAACCACAAUCUGCAAGGAUUGUACUUUAACCAGGGCUGGGCUAGCCCAAGUUUCCUCUGCUUUCAUUGUGCUUCUUUCUGCAUUAAACCUAAGGGAAGCAGGCAGUGACAAAGUGCUGAAAAAUGAUUUUAUUAAAGGGUGUAAUUUGUGUUUAAAUAGUUAGUUGACUUGUAUCUACUUUUGUUUCCCAGGUAAAAGGGCAUCACCAAUAAUCUCAAAAAUGCAUGAGACACACACCUUGGCCUGGAUCCUUGGAACUGUGUGACCAUUUUCAUUUUGGUCAUCCAUCUGCUUAUUUUAUUGGAAGGUAUUUAUCAAUAAAUUAUUAGUGCCUAUAAACUAGAUAUAGUAACUUAAACUAUCAGCCCAAAUCCAAGGAAGCAAAAUCUUACCAGAUGAUUUUGGUAGCCUAAUCAUGGCUUCCACAUUCAAAAAUAGAAAUUGGUAAAAGGUCAAAUGAAUGUUUUCUUGAUCCUGCAGGGACAUCCCACUCCCUUAUUUCAGAUUUACAUACUGAGAUCUGAGGAGUUUUUUUUCCCCCCUUCAGGGAUUUCAGCAACAGGAGGCCAGGGAUGUUACUUCUAACCCUAAAAGUUCUCAAAUCAGCAAUUCGAAGAAUUAGAAAAAUGUCUGCGUUAUCUUUGGAAUUUGUAAAUCCAUUUUGAGGCAACCUAAUUUCCUUUAAGAAGCAUUUUUUUGAGUACUUUUAAAAGGUGCAAAACUAAAUGCACUUCUUUGCUAGAAUCUUUUCUGAUGUUGCUUCUCUCAAGUAAUCGUGUGAUAGUUAAAACUGUCUAUUUUUCAAGGAUGUUUUCAAAUAAUUCAUUUUCCAGUGAAUCAUUUCACUUCUCAAACUGAUCUAAGUUUUUUUUAUUCCUUCAGAGUAUUUUGUUUACUUCCAUUUUUUUUUUUUUGCUUCACUUUCAUUUUAGGAACCUGGGAGUAUUUUAGAUUCGUAAAGUCUUAUCCCAGAGAAUACCAAUAGGUUGAACAACUACCUCCUCUAUGCUCACUUUAUACUAAUGCACCAGGACUAAGGCUUUGCCAUUAUCAGAGGCAGUGAAGAGAAUGAGAGUAUUAGACUACGACAAUUUGUACUGGCUUCAAACCCUCAUCUAUAUAUUUUUAAGAGCAUGCAUAAAGAGGCAAGCUUAACUUUCACACUGGAAAACUGAGAGGAACCCCCUUUCCCAGUUCCAGUGAAUCCCGCCUCCACUGCUCCAAGCAGCUGUCUGAGGAAUGAAUCCUCUUUUCCUUAGAAUGUGGAGAGCUUUGCUGGGGCGGCAGCUGCAAGGCAAGGAAUCCUCCCAGUCGCUGUCCCUCCCCUCCGAGCCGUGGCAGCUGCCAGGGCAUCCCAAUGGAAAUCUUUCCCAGUCACCGCCAGCGCCGCGGGCGGGCAGCAGCUGAGCUCAGUCAGGGGUGGAGACUGCUCCUUGGAGGCUCCAGCGCCGCCACCUCAACGACUCCUAAGUCCCUCAGGUGUCCUUCUCCAAGUCCACCUAGAGGACACCUUGACAACGUGGGGCGGGUUCCCUCCGCGUCCAGAGACCUGCGGUAGCGUAACAACACCCGCCUCGCGCUCCCCGAAGCAGAGCCAGGGUGAGAGCGAGGGAAAAGCGCGCCGUUCGCUGCACUACCUGAGCAGCGCGCUCCCGAGGCGCGCUCCCGGCCGCGUGGCCCCUCCGGGGAGCGCGCGCUCGGCUCCCCUACUCAACUCCCGGUUCCCGGGCCCGCCCGCACUCCGCCUGGGCGCCUGCCCGCCCGCCCCACCGCCACCCCCCGUGCUCGCGCACGCGCACGCCGCGCCCGGCGGCCCUCGGCGCUGUCAUGGCGGCGCGGAGCAGCUCCAGUAGGCAUAGGGGUAGUACCGCGCGCCGUGGCCCGGCCAUCUGUGGCAGUAGCAUCCUCGGCCACCUCAGCAGCACGAGCCGCGGCGUCGCUAGUACCUGCAGUAGCUGCUUUUGCAAAGGCUGAGCGCAGGGGUGGGGCGGCCUAGGAAACCAUGGAGUUGUAGGCAGCCGCGGGCUCCCGGGGAGCGGACUAGGGAAACUUGAAGGCUGCGACCAGGUGCAUUGACCUUCCUCUCCCCCGCCCCCUCCUCGCAGUCGCGUCGGGCCUGCCUUCCCGCCCCAGCACACACCUCCCCUCCUCCUCAGCGGAGCUCAGGUGCCCGGGCGAGGUGCUCCACUCCUCCCCCUGGGCCGAGCGCUGAGGAGAAUCACCGCCCCCUUCCCCCGCCUUUUCCUGCCCUGGAUCUCCGCCGCCACCUCCGUCUCGCUGCGCCCCGGCGGGGGUGAGGACGAGGCCGGAGUCUCUGGGUGAGGAGGAACUUUGGUUUGGCGUUGUUGUCAGCCUCCGGGAGAGAGAUUGGACAAAUAUUCUCCAAGAGGAGGAGGGUGACGCCAAGGACUUUCCUGCUUUUGGGGUUCCUCCUCAAGUUGGAACAGAGACCCCGUUUGGUUUAGCGUUUGCGUGUGUCGUGCCUCCUCUCGGUGCCGCGACUGCUGGCCCAGGGUGACUCUGACUUGUCCUUUCUCGUGAACUAGUAAUGGCUAGUGAAGACAAUCGUGCCCCUUCCCGGCCACCAACAGGUGAUGACGGGGGAGGUGAAGGGAAAGAAGAAACCCCUACGGAAGGGGGUGCGCUGUCUCUGAAGCCUGGGCUCCCCAUCAGGGGCAUCAGAAUGAAAUUCGCCGUGCUCACCGGGUUGGUUGAAGUUGGAGAAGUGUCCAAUAGGGAUAUUGUAGAAACGGUCUUUAACCUGCUGGUAGGAGGACAGUUUGAUUUGGAGAUGAACUUCAUUAUCCAAGAAGCUGAGAGUAUCACAUGCAUGGUGGAGUUACUGGAGAAGUGUGACAUUACUUGCCAAGCGGAAGUCUGGAGCAUGUUUACAGCCAUUCUGAAGAAGAGCAUACGAAACCUUCAAGUCUGCACAGAAGUAGGCCUUGUGGAAAAAGUACUUGGGAAAAUCGAGAAAGUUGACAGCAUGAUUGCAGAUCUUCUUGUUGACAUGUUGGGAGUGCUGGCCAGCUAUAAUUUGACAGUUAGAGAACUCAAGCUUUUCUUCAGUAAACUUCAAGGAGACAAAGGACAAUGGCCUCCGCAUGCUGGGAAACUGCUGUCUGUGUUAAAGCACAUGCCUCAGAAGUACGCUCCUGAUGCCUUUUUCAACUUUCCAGGGAAGAGUGCUGCAGCUAUUGCAUUACCUCCUAUAGCCAGAUGGCCUUACCAGAAUGGUUUUACAUUUCACACCUGGCUUAGAAUGGAUCCUGUAAAUAAUAUUAAUGUUGACAAGGAUAAACCAUAUUUGUAUUGUUUCAGAACCAGCAAAGGUCUUGGCUAUUCUGCUCAUUUUGUUGGAGGCUGUUUGAUUAUAACCUCGAUAAAGUCAAAAGGAAAAGGCUUUCAACAUUGUGUGAAAUUUGAUUUCAAGCCACAAAAGUGGUACAUGGUAACUAUUGUACACAUUUACAAUCGGUGGAAGAACAGUGAGCUCCGAUGUUACGUGAAUGGCGAACUUGCGUCCUACGGAGAGAUAACAUGGUUUGUUAACACCAGUGAUACCUUUGACAAAUGCUUCCUGGGCUCGUCAGAGACAGCAGAUGCGAAUCGGGUGUUCUGUGGUCAGAUGACUGCAGUUUACCUUUUCAGUGAUGCUCUGAAUGCAGCUCAGAUUUUUGCCAUCUAUCAGUUGGGCCUGGGGUACAAGGGCACAUUUAAAUUUAAAGCGGAAAGUGAUCUGUUUCUUGCUGAGCACCAUAAACUGUUACUGUACGAUGGCAAGCUCUCCAGUGCCAUUGCCUUCACGUACAACGCACGAGCCACAGAUGCCCAGCUGUGCCUUGAGUCCUCUCCAAAGGACAAUCCCUCCAUCUUUGUUCACUCCCCACAUGCACUCAUGCUCCAGGAUGUAAAGGCAGUUUUAACACAUUCCAUCCAGAGUGCCAUGCAUUCAGUUGGAGGAGUACAAGUUUUGUUUCCGCUUUUUGCCCAGCUGGACUAUAGGCAGUAUUUAUCUGAUGAGGUUGAUUUGACUAUCUGUACAACCUUGCUGGCUUUUAUCAUGGAGUUGUUGAAGAACUCAGUGGCUAUGCAGGAGCAGAUGCUCGCUUGUAAGGGCUUUUUGGUGAUCGGCUAUAGCCUUGAAAAGUCUUCCAAAUCCCACGUCAGCAGAGCAGUACUUGAACUUUGCCUUGCAUUUUCAAAGUAUUUGAGCAAUCUGCAGAAUGGGAUGCCCCUCCUGAAACAACUGUGUGAUCACGUUCUUCUUAACCCUGCCGUGUGGAUCCACACUCCAGCCAAGGUUCAGUUGAUGCUUUAUACUUACCUGUCCACUGAAUUCAUCGGAACAGUCAACAUAUAUAAUACUGUUCGGAGAGUUGGAACAGUGCUGCUCAUCAUGCACACACUGAAGUACUACUACUGGGCAGUGAAUCCUCAGGACCGAAGUGGUAUCACCCCCAAAGGAUUAGAUGGACCAAGACCCAAUCAGAAAGAAAUACUUUCUCUGCGAGCAUUCUUACUGAUGUUCAUUAAGCAAUUAGUGAUGAAGGACUCUGGAGUAAAGGAAGACGAGCUCCAGGCCAUUCUUAAUUACCUGCUGACUAUGCAUGAGGACGACAAUCUAAUGGAUGUCUUACAAUUGCUUGUUGCAUUAAUGGCAGAGCAUCCUAACUCCAUGACUCCUGCCUUUGACCAAAGGAAUGGGUUGCGUGUCAUUUAUAAACUUCUGGCAUCGAAAAGUGAAGGGAUCCGAGUACAGGCACUCAAGGCACUGGGCUACUUUUUAAAACAUUUGGCCCCAAAGAGAAAAGCUGAAGUCAUGCUUGGGCAUGGAUUGUUCUCGCUGCUAGCUGAGAGACUCAUGCUUCAGACAAAUCUAAUCACAAUGACCAUGUAUAAUGUUCUGUUUGAGAUCCUCAUAGAGCAGAUCUGUACCCAGGUGAUCCACAAACAGCAUCCAGAUCCUGAUUCUACAGUAAAAAUACAGAACCCUCAGAUACUAAAAGUAAUUGCGACCCUACUUCGAAAUUCUCCCCAGUGCCCCGAGAGCAUGGAGGUUCGCCGAGCAUUUCUUUCUGACAUGAUUAAACUUUUUAAUAACAGUAGAGAAAACAGGAGGAGCUUGUUGCAGUGCUCUGUGUGGCAAGAAUGGAUGCUUUCUCUCUGCUAUUUUAAUCCUAAGAGUUCAGAUGAGCAAAAGAUAACAGAAAUGGUAUAUGCCAUAUUCAGGAUUCUGCUUUACCAUGCAGUCAAGUAUGAGUGGGGCGGCUGGCGAGUGUGGGUAGACACCUUAUCCAUCACACAUUCAAAGGUUACUUUUGAAAUACACAAAGAAAACCUUGCCAAUAUAUUUAGGGAAGAGCAGGGAAAAGGUGAUGAAGAAAUAGGGCCGUGUUCUGCAAGUCUGUCUCCAGAAGGCACUGGUGUUACCAGGGAUGUUGAUGUUUCAGAGGGGCCUCAACACUCAGAUCGGAAGGAGUCUCUCAUCUCUCCUCAUUUCACUACAAAUAGUGAUGAGAACUCAAGUAUUGGGAAGGCAAGUUCAAUAGAUUCUGCAUCCAACAUUGAACUGCAGACACCUGGUUAUGAAAAAAAAGUGGAGCAAGGAAAUCAAGAGUUACUGGAUCAAGCCGCUAUGGAGGAAGCAACUACCAAUGAGGCAAAGCAUGCAUGUGACUUAGAAGCAUCUUCGGAUGCAGUAGAACCAGUGACUCUUACCUCCACUUCUUCGGAACCAGGCAAAGAUACAGUGACCAUCAGUGGAGUGCGUGCUUCUGUAAGUUCCCCCUCAGAACAAGAUGCUGCGGAGAUGCCUGAAUUACUGGAAAACUCUGGAGUAGAGGAAGAAGACGGUGAUGAUGAUUAUGUGGAACUGAAGGUAGAAGGCAUAGAAGGCAGCCCUGCCGAGGAAGCUCGUCUGCCCGCAGAGCGCCAAGCUGAGGAAGCUCGUCUGCCCGCAGAGCACCAAGCUGAGGAAGCUUGUCAGCCCGCAGAGCGCCAAGGCGAGAGCGUGUCCGUAGCGGCCUCUGAAGGCAGAGAAGAGGUGGAAGUAUGUGGUAAUGGCUGUGAACUUCAAGAGGAAGCACCUAUUACUAAAAGUCAUAAUGAUCCUGAAACUGGAGAUUCUAAAGAGUCUGGGUUUCCAACUGUGGCCACAGCCGGGUCUUUAGCUACCUCAUCAGAAGUUCCUGUUCCCCAAACAACUCUACAGCCGGACAGUGAUGAGAUGCUGGGUGGAGGGGUGAAAACUGACAUUGCUGGAGAAACUGAGUCAGUCAGUGACUGUGCUGAUGAUGUCUCUGAGGCUCCUGCCACUUCUGAGCAAAAGAUUGCAAAGCUGGAUGUUUCUAGUGUUGCUUCAGAUACUGAGAGGUUUGAAUUGAAGGCCAGUACGAGCACAGAAGCACCACAGCCUCAACGACAUGGGCUUGAGAUAUCAAGGCAACAGGAGCAUCCAAGACAAGAAACAGCACCAGAUACAGGUGACCAGCAAAGGAGGGACUCCAGGCCGACCAUGUUUCGCAUCCCUGAGUUCAAGUGGUCUCAGAUGCAUCAGCGUCUGCUCACCGAUCUUUUAUUUUCCAUAGAAACAGAUAUACAGAUGUGGAGAAGCCAUUCAACAAAGACAGUUAUGGACUUCGUGAAUAGCAGUGACAAUGUCAUCUUUGUUCACAACACAAUUCAUCUCAUCUCUCAAGUGAUGGACAACAUGGUCAUGGCUUGUGGAGGAAUACUGCCACUGCUUUCAGCUGCGACCUCGGCCACGCACGAGCUGGAGAAUGUUGAGCCUGCCCAAGGCCUUUCAAUAGAAGCCUCCGUUACCUUUCUUCAGAGGCUCAUUAGCCUUGUGGAUGUGCUUAUAUUUGCAAGUUCUCUUGGUUUCACUGAAAUUGAAGCCGAAAAAAAUAUGUCAUCUGGAGGAAUUCUGCGACAGUGUCUCCGAUUGGUGUGUGCAGUGGCUGUAAGGAAUUGUUUAGAGUGUCAGCAGCAUUCACAGCUGAAGGCCAGAGGAGAGGCAGCCAAAAGCUUGAAAGCAGUACACAGCCUAGUCCCUGUGGGGCGGUCUGCAGCAAAGAGCCCAGUGGACAUUGUGACUGGCGGUAUAUCUCCAGUAAGAGAUCUUGACAGGCUCCUGCAGGACAUGGACAUUAACCGACUUCGAGCUGUUGUUUUCAGAGACAUCGAGGAUAGCAAGCAAGCACAAUUCUUAGCUUUGGCUGUUGUGUACUUUAUCUCUGUUCUGAUGGUCUCAAAGUAUAGAGACAUUUUGGAACCCCAAGAUGAAAGGCACAGUCAGUCUCUUAAGGAAGCUGGUAGUGAUAAUGGAACUGUAUCACUUCCUGAUGCAGAAAACACAACAGCAGAAUUUAGCUCUUUAACACUGUCAUCUGUGGAAGAAUCAUUGGAAGGCACCUCAUCUACUCGAAGGAGGGACUCUGGCCUCGGUGAGGAAACAGCUUCUGGCUUAGGAAGCAGUAUGUCUGUAGCUUCUCCAGCAGCACCUCUGGGUGUCAGCACGGGUCCAGAUGCCAUCAGCGAGGUGCUGUGCACUCUUUCUUUGGAAGUCAAUAAAUCUCAGGAAACAAAAAAUGAUGGAGGAAACGAGUUGGAUGGGAAGGUGACACCAUCAGUUCCAGUUUCAAAAAAUGUCAACGUGAAGGACAUUCUCCGGAGCUUGGUUAACAUGCCAGCAGAUGGAGUCACGGUGGAUCCAGCCCUUCUGCCCCCAGCCUGCCUCGGUGCCCUUGGAGAUCUGUCUGUUGACCCACCUGUGCAGUUCAGAUCUUUUGACAGAAGUGUCAUCAUUGCAACCAAAAAAUCAUCAGUCUUACCCUCCACCCUUACUGCGAGCGCACCGAGUAAUGCUGUCAGUGUGGUUUCUUCAGUAGAUUCCACCCAAGUGCCAGAUGCAGGAGGAGAGUCACCAGGAAGUAGAUCUCCUAAUGCAAAGUUGCCCUCAGUGCCAGCGGUUGGCUCCGUCCCACAAGACCCAGUCACACACAUGAGUAUCACAGAAAGACUGGAGCACGCCCUGGAGAAGGCAGCUCCUCUGCUCCGAGAGAUUUUCGUGGAUUUUGCACCUUUCCUUUCUCGGACACUGUUAGGUAGUCAUGGACAAGAACUGCUUAUCGAAGGAACAAGUCUGGUCUGCAUGAAGUCCAGCAGUUCAGUUGUGGAGCUGGUCAUGCUGCUGUGUUCCCAGGAGUGGCAGAAUUCUAUUCAGAAGAAUGCAGGCCUUGCGUUUAUUGAACUUGUCAAUGAAGGAAGGUUACUUAGCCAAACAAUGAAGGAUCAUUUAGUAAGAGUAGCAAAUGAGGCCGAAUUUAUCCUGAGCAGGCAGAGAGCAGAGGAUAUUCACAGACAUGCAGAAUUUGAGUCACUGUGUGCUCAGUACUCUGCAGACAAAAGAGAAGAGGAGAAGAUGUGUGAUCAUUUGAUAAGAGCAGCUAAAUACCGAGACCAUGUGACAGCAACUCAGUUAAUCCAAAAAGUCAUCAACCUUCUCAGGGACAAGCAUGGAGCCUGGGGGAGCUGUGCAGUGAGUCGUCCUCGUGAGUUCUGGCGCCUUGACUACUGGGAAGAUGACUUGAGGCGCCGGCGACGAUUUGUGCGUAACCCUCUAGGAUCGACACAUCCUGAAGCGACACUAAAAACAGCCGUGGAACAUGCUGCAGAUGAAGACAUCCUUGCUAAAGGAAAACAGUCCAUCAAGAGUCAGGCUUUAGGAAAUCAGAACUCUGAAAACGAGGCCCUCCUGGAAGGCGACGACGAUACUCUGUCAUCCGUGGAUGAGAAAGAUUUAGAGAAUCUUGCCGGUCCUGUUAGCCUAAGCACACCAGCUCAGCUGGUGGCCCCCUCUGUUGUUGUAAAAGGCACUCUCUCUGUCACCUCCUCUGAACUGUAUUUUGAGGUGGAUGAAGAGGAUCCCAACUUCAAGAAAAUUGACCCAAAGAUCUUGGCAUAUACAGAAGGUCUGCAUGGAAAAUGGCUGUUCACAGAGAUAAGAUCAAUCUUUUCUCGUCGUUAUCUUUUGCAAAAUACAGCCCUGGAGAUCUUUAUGGCGAACAGAGUUGCUGUGAUGUUCAACUUCCCAGACUCUGCUACAGUAAAGAAAGUGGUGAACUAUCUACCUCGGGUUGGUGUGGGAACCAGCUUUGGAUUACCUCAGACCAGGCGUAUUUCUUUAGCCACUCCACGUCAACUAUUUAAAGCUUCAAACAUGACUCAAAGGUGGCAGCACAGAGAGAUUUCAAACUUUGAGUACUUGAUGUUUCUCAACACAAUAGCAGGGCGGAGUUAUAAUGACCUAAAUCAGUAUCCUGUGUUUCCCUGGGUCAUCACUAAUUAUGAGUCAGAAGAAUUAGAUCUUACUUUACCAAGCAAUUUCAGAGAUUUGUCUAAGCCAAUAGGAGCUUUGAAUCCCAAAAGAGCAGCAUUCUUUGCAGAGCGAUUUGAGUCAUGGGAAGAUGAUCAAGUUCCAAAGUUCCACUAUGGUACUCAUUACUCGACUGCAAGUUUUGUUCUUGCGUGGCUUCUAAGAAUAGAACCCUUUACAACUUACUUUCUAAAUCUGCAAGGAGGGAAAUUUGAUCAUGCAGACAGGACAUUCUCAUCAGUUUCCAGAGCAUGGCGAAAUAGUCAGCGUGAUACAUCUGACAUUAAGGAAUUGAUUCCUGAAUUUUAUUAUCUCCCUGAGAUGUUUGUCAACUUCAAUAAUUAUAACCUUGGAGUGAUGGAUGAUGGGACAGUGGUGUCUGAUGUUGAACUUCCUCCUUGGGCCAAAACCUCGGAAGAAUUUGUUCGCAUAAACAGAUUGGCCCUGGAGAGUGAAUUUGUUUCCUGCCAGCUUCACCAAUGGAUUGAUCUUAUUUUUGGCUAUAAACAACAAGGACCAGAGGCAGUGCGAGCCCUCAACGUGUUCUAUUACCUAACCUAUGAAGGAGCUGUCAGCCUGAACUCAAUAACUGACCCCGUGCUGAGAGAGGCUGUUGAAGCUCAGAUCCGAAGUUUUGGACAGACGCCUUCACAACUGCUCAUAGAGCCCCACCCUCCCCGAGGUUCAGCCAUGCAAGCGUAUCUCCUCCUGCAGAGUCCAUUGAUGUUCACAGACCAGGCCCAGCAAGAUGUCAUCAUGGUCCUAAAGUUCCCUUCAAACUCCCCUGUCACUCACGUUGCGGCCAACACCCAGCCAGGCCUGGCAGUGCCUGCUGUCAUCACUGUCACUGCCAACAGGCUCUUUGCCGUGAACAAGUGGCAUAGCCUUCCUGCUCACCAAGGUGCUGUGCAAGACCAGCCAUACCAGCUGCCAGUGGAAAUCGAUCCUCUCAUAGCCUGCGGCACAGGGACACACAGGAGGCAGGUAACGGACCUCCUGGACCAGAGCAUUCAGGUGCAUUCCCAGUGCUUUGUCAUCACUUCCGACAACCGCCACAUUCUCGUCUGUGGCUUCUGGGAUAAGAGUUUCCGGGUCUACUCCACAGAUACAGGAAAAUUGAUCCAAGUGGUGUUUGGCCAUUGGGAUGUCGUCACUUGCCUAGCUCGCUCUGAGUCAUACAUAGGAGGAAAUUGCUACAUUCUCUCAGGGUCACGUGAUGCAACUCUUCUUCUGUGGUACUGGAAUGGAAAAAGCAGUGGGAUUGGAGAUAACCCCGGCAGUGAAACUACCACUCCUCGGGCCAUUCUCACAGGCCAUGACUAUGAGAUCACCUGUGCUGUUGUCUGUGCUGAGCUGGGCCUGGUGUUAAGUGGUUCCCAAGAAGGACCAUGUCUCAUACAUUCCAUGAAUGGAGACUUGUUAAGGACUUUGGAGGGUCCUGAAAAUUGCCUGAAACCAAAACUCAUUCAAGCAUCGAGAGAGGGUCACUGUGUCAUCUUUUAUGAAAAUGGCUGCUUCUGCACCUUCAGUGUGAAUGGGAAGCUGCAGGCCACCGUGGAGACUGAUGAUCAUAUAAGGGCCAUACAGCUGAGCCGAGAUGGGCAAUACCUGCUCACAGGAGGAGACAACGGAGUGGUGAUCGUGCGGCAGGUGUCUGACCUCAAGCAGCUCUUUGCCUACCCAGGCUGUGAUGCUGGAAUCCGGGCCAUGGCCCUUUCUUUUGACCAGAGGUGCAUCAUUUCUGGCAUGGCCUCAGGAAGCAUUGUGCUGUUUUACAACGACUUUAACCGCUGGCACCAUGAGUACCAAACCCGCUACUGAUGGUGACAAAUGCACGGUGGUCCCGGUUCGGGCUGGGCAAGGACAGACUUCAAACAUCAUUCUAUAGAAAUAGCUCUCACAUCUGAAUGUAACUUAAAUUUGCUUGAACAAGCAAAAUAUUUUUUAAAGUUAAUUGCUAUUUUUGUAGACUUUGCUUGACAUUUGGGGUGGGGAACAGCAAAGCAGAAAACUGGCUGCUGGUUUCUGUAGUUUAAAAAAAAUCUAUAUUUUUAGUCAUAAUGAAAAGUCUAUUUUCACCAAUUAUGGACACAGACAGUGGAACUAAUAAUACUCCCACUGAUUCUUGCUAUGUGUGAAAGACCAUUUCCCACUUAUCUGUAAUCUUGAGAAAUAUGAUUUUAGCAAUAGGGAAAUGGGUUCAAAUACUGGGACAGGGGAAUUUAUUCUGUACUGGGUCCUGUAUUUUUCUAGACAAUUGUUCUUCAGUGCUGACAUUUCUAGGGUUUUAAUAGUAAUGUUUAAAUUAUGACAUGUAAUUUAAAGCAUCUCAGUGAAUUAUUUCUAAAUUAUUCUUCAAGCAUGUGUUAGACCUAGAAAAUUAUGGUUUGGGGAGGCUACUUUAUUCUUGCGUGUGUUACAGAACAAAGAUCUAAGUUACAGCAUUCAUCAGUACUCUCUUUCCCUGCUCUGUCGUCCUCGAGGCACAGGGUGAAAUGACAGAAACGCUCUGGGCUCACAGUCUCUGUAAGUACCGAAGCCUGCCCAAGCUCACCAGAGGCAGAGCCGGUGGGGCUGCUCCCUACGACCCCCCCAACCCCACACCCACAGCCCUGGCUCAAGACCAGAGGCAAACAAACAGGUACCAUGUAAGCAGCACCCACCUUCCCCCUAUUUGUUAUGAGACUAUCUCUACCUUGUUUUUGAUUAGUAAUUUGUACCAAGAAACAAUGUUAUUUUGGUGUCAUAUAACUCUACUUUUUCUAGUAGAUUGCUGUAUGGAAUUCUGUGAAAAUAUUUGAGCAAAGGUCUGUAUUACAUAAAUAAAUUCUUUGUAUGUUGUGAACUUGA